AUGAGGCAACAUGCAGAUGAGAGGACCAAGAGGCACAAGGCCAUGUCCCGUAUUCAGAACUGUGUUUUUGAUAUGAUCUUCACCAGGAUCAUGACAUGUGAGACCCCGAUGCAGGCUUGGAACAAGCUGAAGGAGGAGUUCCAGGGCACUGAGAGGACUAGGCAGCAGCAGCUUCUAAAUUUGAGAAGGGAUUUCGAGAAUUUGAAAAUGAAAGAAGAGGAAACUGUCAAGCAAUACUCUGACAGGAUAAUGGCUGUGGUAAACAGUAUAAGGCUCCUUGGUGAGCAGUUUGAUGAAGCAAUGAUAGUUGAGAAGGUUCUCUCUAUUUUACCAGAGAGAUAUGAAGCAAAGAUAUCCUCCUUAGAGGACUUGAGGGACUUGGCAAGGAUCUCCCUGACUGAGCUUAUAAAUGCUCUCUAUGCUCAAGAGCAAAGAAGAGCCAGCAGGAUAGAGGAGCAUCAGGAGAGUGCAUUUCAGGCCAAAGUCAAGCCUAAAUCGAGUAAUACUGCCUACAAAGGCAAGAAAAAUUGGAAGGAUAAGUCCAAAACAGAUGCUCCAAGAAAAUGGGAUAGACCGUGCAGGCAUUGCAAGAAGCCUGGUCAUUUAGAGGCAAAAUACUGGUUCAAACCAGAUGCCAUAUGUCAACAUUGCAAGAAAAGAGGCCAUGUUGAAAAGGUCUGCAAAGAAAAAGACAGACCUGGGCAGAAUCAACCACAACACAAGGGUGCUGAGGCUCGUGUAACUGAACAAGGCAGUAGUAGUGAAGAACAAGUGUUUGCAGUAUCAUGUUUAGUUGAAAAAGGGAAGAACAAGGGUCUAGAUAGUGUCUAUGCUACUUCCAUAGAAGAAUCCAAGCUUUGGCAUCAAAGGCUUGGUCAUGCCAACUUUAAAUCAAUGGCUCGAAUGAUCAGCAAGGAUAUGGCAGAAAAUUUCAUCAAAUUAGUCCAAAAUGAAGAUGUUUGUGAAGUUUGUCAGUUGGUAAAGCAAGCCAAGCUUCCAUUUCCUACAAGCACAGCUUGGAGAGCCUUAGAGAAGCUUCAAUUAGUGCACACAGAUGUGUGUGGUCCCAUGAAGACCGAGUCACUCAAUGGCAACAGGUACUUCAUUCUUUUCAUUGAUGAUAGUACUAGAUACUACUGGAUUUGCUUCUUAAAGAACAAGUCUGAAGUAGUUCAAGCCUUCCUGAAGUUCAAAACAGCAGCUGAGACAGAGACUGGCUGUAUACUAAAGUCAAUAAGAUCAGACAAUGGGACUAAAUAUACUUCAGCUUAG